UCGAUAAUUUCUCCAACAGGACGCCACUGCCGCCAUUCUUGCGUAUGGCCUGAUGCUGGAAGGUAUGACAGAGGGCUUCUUUCAAGCGUUGAGGAUUCUCAUGCAAGGCAAGCUCGAUGCUACUUAUACAAGCGGAUCCUGGGCUUGGAGGAAUGGUCAUUUGUGAUCAGAGUUUCUCUUGACUCUAUCGUGUGAAUUCAUCUUUACCCAACGUCCAGCGAACCCCCUUCCUAUCCACAAUGGGCAUCUCCAGUAAGGACUUGAAAAAGUCUAUCUAUCCUUCUGCCCACACCCUGAACGUGCUUGAUCGGCGAUAUGACGUGCAAUUCUACGAGGCCAUAACAAAGAUCAUGGCGCUACGACAGACGUACCUUCGGGACCACUACAUCUUUGUCCGCGGGGAGGAUAUGGUUCCCAUUUUAAGGGGGUUGGGAGCGCGAGAGGAGGAUUUUGAAUUUCUCAAGUUUAUCAGUGAUCAGACUGGUGAUGAUCCGACGGUGGACUACCGCACCCUGACAUACGGGAGGUACUGCAUUGACUUCGAGACGCGAAGCAUUCGGCGAUUAGAAAGACAGCCUUUUACCCUCACCGUUCAGGAAGAUUAUAAACGCCACGACUCCGGCAUCCCCAGGGAUUUCGACGAGGCCCCAGCCGACAUGCAAGGCAACACCGUCGUGCAAGCUCUGAUGCUUUUCAAGGCGUUGGUCUUUCAGAACGUGCCUGUGGUCCCGCGAGACAUGCUGGACUACGCCAGCCACAGCUGGAUCUGCAUGAUGUUCAACGUGCGAACAUUCACUGAAGAGAAACUGGGCAUCCUUGGCGAGCCGGCCCUGGAGGGCGUCCAUUCUGACGGCGCCGACCACACCAUGACAGUCCUUAUAGGGAGCAACAAUGUCAGGUCCGAUAGUGCGGUGACCUACAUGCACGAGAACCGAGAAACCACGGGAAUCCCCGUCUGGGAGACCAACCCAACCUUGAUCAAGGCACGCGUGCAGCAUCGAGACUUCUUGGAUACCCUGGUCUUUGUGGACCACGACUACAAGCACAGUCUGACGCCCAUCUACCAGAUCGAUCGAUCGCAGCGCGCUACUCGCGAUAUGUUGGUGGUGCACACGCGUCGGCCGAAGGUGAAGGGGCACAUUUCCGGAUACAGUGACACCAUGACGCUUCAUCAGACGGCUUCCAUACACAUUCCUAUGUGGCUACCUUGAUUGUGGCUUCGAUAUCGUCUCUGGUAUGGGUUGGUUGAGGGUUGUCUGCUGGUCUAACCUUUAGUCAGUAGAUGAAUACACCCGAUUGCGCAGGCUGGUUAAGACAUGUCCCACUUAUCGCUGUCCGUACGAAGCAAUCAUUAGCUUAUUAGUAGAGUCGCUAUGCAUCUGGCGGGGGUUUGAAAUGCACCUCUCCUCAAAAGAGGGGUACCUGGUCAGGGAGCUUGCUAGUCUGUUUGAUAGGACCGCUGACGUAGCUCAAAAACAAUGUUCAUUUAGUUAGUGUGCAGGGAUCGAGCCUGGAC